GCAAAAACAAAUGAGUUGGCAUCGUUUCACUGGCAAGCCUUCGUAGUUUUACUGAUAAAUUGGCUAAUUUUAAAAUCGUGACUGUAAACAAACAAACAUCGUAAUCAUAAUGUCGACCAAAGGUGAUAAAGCGGUUGAAAGACAAAUGCAAAUGUUUGAAAUCGAAAUGAUGCAACAAGUAUUUACCAGUAUGACAAGUAGCUGUCUAGCUAAAUCAGUUUGUUUAGAUAGAUGCGCCUCAAAAUUUAUGCAAGCGUAUAUGCAAACUACUAAGAAGUUGUCUACAAUGGCAUCAUCAGACCCGAAAGUGUCGCCGCAUUUAUUAAGAAUGGGUCUUUGGCUUCAGGCCCCUUUGGUUUUGUUAUGCAUAGUGAUCUUGGUUUCAUCGGUGCCUACAUCAAUACAAAAACACGAGCUUGAAGAAAAUGAUUCCUUUGACAGUCAACUGAUAGAGGAUAACAGAUCACAUUUUCGAGGACGCCAGUCUGGUAACUGGCUUGAAUCUGAUAAAAAUGAUUCAUUACCUGGUGAAAGACGGUCACGUAGGCGUCGCAGAAAACAUAACCGAAAUUGUGAACAACCAGGCCAAUGUCCUGAAGGUGGUGCUAAUUGGAGACGGCCACAUAGACGUGGAAAAAAACAUCGUACACGAUGCAGUGGUGAUGGCGAUUGUCCUGAGGGUCAAAUGUGUAAGGAACGUCGUCACAGAGGAGGACGUAAACAUCAAACACGUGGUGCUCCGCCACCUUCCGGCAGUCUAUCUCCAUCCUCACAUAGUGGACUAAAAGUUGGGAAGAAAUUUUGUCGUGAGAGAAAAAGUGGAGUACAUAGAAGAUCAGGAAUCCUGUAAUUCGUAUCAAGGAACAUUAUCAUCAGUAUUCAAAGGAACUUCGUUUAUACUAUUCAUAUAUAUAUAUCCUAAUAUUUCCUUAUUUAUUGUUUUCCUGUUUUUUUUCUAUAGAAAUUUGUCCGUUUAUCUUCGAACUGACUUUUAUUCGAAAAGUAUGUAACACUACAUUCACCCAUUCAUCCAUAUACUCAAUUUAAUCCAUUGCAAAAAAAAGUAACUUUACUUAUUGUAUUUGCGAUCCUAUUUCAUGUUUUAUCAACUCAUUCAGUCAUUAAGCAUUUAAUUUCUUAUCCCCACUGCUCGAUUUUACCCUUGCAAUUUUACUCAGUUUUCUCGCUUGUUUCUGUUUAUAUUUUGCCUUAACUGGUCUUUUUUUGUCAUUGAAAUGUGUGUACACGUACGUAGUUUUGUUUCUUAUAUUUGCUUUUAUUUACAGUUCUCAGUAAUUUCCGAUGGGAAAUAUGAAUUACUCAAUGUUGCCAA